ACUCGGCGUCUACACAUUCCUGUAAAUGUUUUUUUUUUAUAUGUAUUUUUUUUUUUGUCCAGUUUCUUGAGAUUCCCUCAUUCUUGAGUUCGCCUCUGACUUUUAGCAGCUGGAUCUGAUUAAUAACCCGUCUAAAAUAAACAGACAUUCCGAGCUGAUAAAUGAGGUUUAAUGCGGUUUAAUGAGGUCUAACGCUUUUAGGAGUGGUUUAAGGCGAAGCUAGUCGUGUUUAGCAAAACGUGUCCGUUUUAAAUGUCCUCAAAACUGUUAGUUAACCUACUGCACACCAGCGAGACUCCUACACACACAAGACAAGGCAGCAGCUUUUCUACAACACUUUGUGUUGAAGCGCUUGUGUUUACAGGCUUGUUUAUCGGAGGAUGUCGGAGCUAAGCGAUGAAGCCAGCGAGUCGGAGCAGCUUGGGGCGAGUUUGUCUGUUUGGUUAGCCCACAGCGGGAGCGGCUUGAUCCGACCGGAGGAGCUGGACGUGCCACUGGACCUUCAUACCGCCUGCUCCAUCGGACAGUACGACGUGGUGGUGGAGUGUAUUCGGAGGGGAGAUGUGGAUAUGGAUGCGAAGAACCUUGGUGGUUGGACUCCAUUGAUGUAUGCAGCGUAUAUUGGUCACGACAACAUUGUUAAUCUGCUCCUGGAGUCUGGCGUUAGUGUCAAUGCUAGCACUGCUAAAGGGCUAACACCACUAAUGCUAGCUGCCAGCUGUGGCAAUGAGCGCAUCGCUAACUUCCUCCUACAGAAAGGGGCAGAACUUGAGCGGAAGGAUGGGCGGGGCUGGACAGCUCUUCUGCACAGUACGAGUACUGGACAUCAACAGAUGGUCAAAUUUCUCCUGGACAACAAUGCAAAUGCUAAUGUCAAGGAGCCAGUGUUAGGAUUCACACCACUGAUGGAGGCUGCAGCAUCAGGUCAUGAGAUCAUUGUCCAGUAUCUUUUUGACCAUGGUGCACGAGUUGAGGAGAAGAAUUUUAAGGGUGAGACGGCGAGAGUGUUAGCCAUGAUGUACGGCCACACCAAGAUUGCAAGUCUUAUAGACAUGCAUUCUAUGAGAGUAAAGCAAGGUGUGUACGAGGAAUUAAGCUCAUCAGAAGAGGACAGCCCAGUUCCCGGCCUUAGAUCAACCCGCAGCAGAACCAGAGGCCCCAGCAUACACGAUGGCCCGCAGGCCAUAGCCCGCUUUAGAGUGGGUCCCAAACAUGACUUUGCAUUGGCGCCGCCUGGCUACAUGACAUUCCGCGAUGUUGGUGACCAGAAUGUGGGCAUUUGCAACCGUGAUGUCACUUCCCCCAUCAAUGAACUGGACGGCCAGAGCAACAGCAGUCGAGACGAGCUGUUCUUUGAUAAUGACAUGCCCACCAUAAGGAGCAGCAGCAGCAGUAGCGACGGUUUGCCACGCCUCCUUGGCCUCAGCAGGGAGGGGUCGCUGGAGAGUAACGAGGACUCAGACCAGGCCAAGAGGAGGUGCCCCCGACGAGCCAACAAACUUCAUCACUCUAAGAGCAAAAGUCGUCAUAGCAACAGCGACUCUACUCCACCCAGCAGCACAAAGAAUUGUGGGAUGCCCCCACCCUACACAGGCCCCAAGGACCUGGCAGAGUUCCUGGAGCAGAUAGGCUUUAGUAAGUACCUCCCUCUGCUGGAGGAGCAAGACCUCGACUUGCGGAUCUUCCUCACACUGACUGAGAACGACCUCAAAGAAGUGGGCAUCACUCUGUUUGGUCCCAAGAGGAAGAUGACAUCAGCAAUAGCACGUUGGCAUAGUAACGCCCGACCACCCAGUGAUGCAUUAGAGCAGGCAUACGCUGACAAACUGGAGGCCGAGAUGCAGGAGAUGGCCAUUCAGCUCCAUAAGCGCUGUGUGGAGGUGGAGUCUCUGCAGGGCCAGGUCUCUCAGGAGAAGGAGCUACGCACUGUGAUGGAGGGAUGUCUGAUGGAGGAGAAGAUGGCAUGGAGGACUGUGCAAGCAAAACUGCAGGAAAGCGUUAAGCAAAUCCAGGCCAUGAAUGCCAUGUUGCACACACUCCGAAAUACGCACUCGCAGUUGUCACAGUGUAUCCAGAGUGACGGUCAGGCUAAAGACAAUGGCACAGUGUGCUCUGAGAUGCUGUCUAACAUGGAGUCCUGUGAAGAGAAACUAGCUGAUGGCCUAAAAGCACUCUGCCAGAGUCUACAGCACCUUGUCGCCCCAGAGAAGAAUUCCAAUAGCUGGCAGGAGGAAUCCUAGCACCUGCAUCAUCUCUUCCAGAGUUUCACUGACGGGGGGUGAAGGCAUCACCCCGAACAAAAGUAUGCAGAGAACUGCCUGAGCUGGCCAGAGGGCGAAUGAAAGAUGAUGUCCAAAAGAUGGAUAGAAAGAUGGUGAGAAGAAAAGGUGGGGUAAACAAAAUGUCCCUUUAAAGAAAGAAGGCAGCAAAUCGACAAGCAGGUGGAGGGCUGAAGCCCGAACCUGUGCUUCGGUUAUACAGGACUGACUGCAUGACGAGAAUGCGGCUCUAACCAACUCAAGACAAUCCAAUCUCAAAGGGGAGCCAGGGGUUGUGGUAUUAAUCCAGAAAAUCCCUCCACUGGCAUAAGAAGGCAUGCAGACUUCAUUAUCUUCACACAUACAUCAACUGAUACUAUGCAAUGCUGCGCCACAAAUCAAAGCUCUGAGAGUUUAACUGUAAACUUGCAAUGGACCAAAUAUUUUGUCUCCACAGACUCAGAACCAGGCCUAGGUAAUCAGCUGGUUACAAUCAGUGUGGCUUAUCAAUUACCUUUACAGCAUUAUAGUCACUGGUAAUUAUACAAUCAGUAUCCACUCUUUUGGAGACCUUUACCUUGUAGAUCAACUUUGUUGCUGUUUCUGUAGCUGACAUGCAGUUAUUGUUUGCUGCCCUCUAACCCACAGGUGCCUUUGUGCAUUGAGUUUUUCAGCUCUAACACAGUGUUUCUCACCCCUGGUCCUGGAGGCCCACUGCCCUGCAGCUUUGUGCUUUCCUUGCUUCGGUAUGCCCACUUCAGCUGAGUAAGGUCUUCUUAGUGGGCUGAUUAUUUGGAUCAGGUGUGUUGGGAGCAGGGAAAACACUACAAAGUGCAGGGCAGUGGGCCUCCAGGACCAGGAUUGAGACAGGUCUAGCACAAACAUAUAAAGGACUUGUUAAUUAGCUGAUGAGUCAGACCAGGUGUGUUGGGUGCAGAGGAAACCUGGAAGUAGGGGUGCACACUCCUGGAGAUCUUGGCCUUCCAAGUUCUUGGUCUGCAGGGCAUCUGACUAUUAGAAUCAGGUGUGUUGGCUGAUCUUUCCAGGUUGUUAGAGCUCCAGGAUUAAGAUUUAGCACCCCUGCACUGAAAUGUGCAGAGUAGGGGGUACUUCAGGAACAUGGCUGGGAACCACUGCUCUAGUCCUUCAUAAAUAGUCAGUUUCUGACUAUAAAUAUUUAGUAGAUAUUUUUGGAUGGUGGACCAUUCAAAUGAGUGACACUGAUGUGUGUUUAUAAAAAAAAAAAAAUCCAGCAAAAUAACUGCAUCAUACUCAUACCAACACACACAAACCACCAUACCACUACCAUAUCGGUGUCACUACUGUGUUGAGUCUGAGCCAUCGCUCAAAAAAAAAUUUGAUCAACAGAUUCAAUGCUGAAUGACUCCUACACUGUGCAUGACAGCAGAAAGACUAGAGUCUGUAAUUGUAUAUCAAUCAAGUGGUGUUUGCGAGUUGUCCCUGACAGGAUUUGAAGGACUCAGUCUCUGAAACACCCCCCCCCCCCCCCCCCAAUUUUUACUUCAUAGUUGAUGUGACAGUUUCCACUGGCAAAUGUAGUCCUACAGUGAGCCCACACAUCUGUGCUUUUGGGUCAGGCCAGCGCCAGUUGAAAUGGGACCUGCUUUGGCUUUGCUCUCCCCAACUUGACCUGGAUUUCAAGCAGUGGAAAUGCUCAGAAAUAGAGCCUGCACGAGUCAAGCACAUCCCUCUAGUGCACCACUGAACAUAAAAGCGGAAUCUAAACCAGCAGAUUAGUAUGCGGUUAUGAAUUUUCAGAAAGGAUUUUUUUUUUUUUGUCAGCUGGUGGUAUAAAUGUAGAAAAUCUCUUUUUAAACAACUCCCAGACAACAGAUGGUACAGGGUUUUCAGUUGAGCUUUACUACUGUGCAGUUGUAGAUGUUCUGAUUUACGAUGGUAGGGUGGUAGACUUGUUUGCGUUGUCAGUUUUGGUCUGAAUAAAUGUUGGUUAGCUUAUUAUUCAAUCAGGGAAAUAAAAUGUACAAACACAUGGAAGAGAUUACAGCUUCUUGUGACUCCCUAGUUCAGCAAAUUAUUUGAUUAAAAAAGAAGUGAGAAGAUUCACGUCUGUCUUCUGAUGCCUUUUUGUGACUUUUUUUUUUCUUUUCCUUUUUUCAGUUCAUGGCAUUUCUUGGCUCUUGCAACUAAUCAAGUCCCAAUACCUUUUCAUGCAAAAACAUCAUCAAAGUAAAUGUAAUCAUUUAAGUAAUCAUUUAAGUAAAAUUGCUUGUCCUACAUACAAAUUCAUCAGUACAAAUUGAACUGUAACUUGCAAUCCAAAUAAAAGAGAUCACUGUUUUUUUUAA